AUGGCCGAUUAUGCAGAGCUCGAGCUCAAGACUUUUGAACUUUCUAGUAGCGAUUCCAAUGCGUCUUUAUCCGUGACUUCCCUUGCAUUAAUAUCUGGUCCUCCUAUUUCCCAACACCAUUCCGAAGAGCUUUACCAGUUGAUUCGGUCAAAGCAGCUGUGGCUCAUAUCUCCGGGCGUCUGCCGAAUACAGAUAUCCAUGGUAUCAAACGAAAGCGAUGUCGGGUUCCUGGAACAUCUAGCCGAUGCAAUUUGCCAGUGUUCUGUCUGGGCUGCCCUCGGACUCACAAUCAAGCAAGAGGAUAUACAAUAUCAGCCCCUAUACGACGGCGCGCCAAACCUCUAUUUUAUUGUUGAACAUCCUCAGAAGUCAUCUAUACUCAUCUCACCCCCACAUUGUCCUACUGCUCAAUUCAAUGGGAUAGAGUGUCUUUUCCGCUAUCAAUCGGAGGAAAACACAGUUUCUCAUGCUACCACGGAGCAAUACGAUAUAUGUGAUACGGACAUGGGCGACUACUCUCACGAGACUACAUUACAACUUGAAGAUUCAAGUCCCAUACAUACUCCCUACAGAGAUGAGAUGUCGGGUAACUAUUGGAGUGGUCUAAUAGUUGAUACGCACAUAAACCGAACUCAGCAACGAUGGGAUGAUGCAGCUUAUUUUGCUCAAAUGGCUCUACAUGUAACCAUUGGGGUAAAAAAGCGUAUGCAUGGUUUGCGACUAUUCCAACUCGAUGACAGACCUUCACUACUCGAAUUAGCCCCUGCUAUUUGGAAUGCUCGCUAUCUUGAGGCGGUGACCUCUCAUGUUGCCAAUUUCCCUAUUAUUUCGAAUAUCCUAGCAACUUCUUCUCGGGGUCAAUCGCCAUCUCUCAGACAGAAGAGCGCGAGACUUCUAUUAGAUAACAUACAUCCUGAAAAGGUCCAGGACGGUGAAGAGCCAGAUGGGGGCCUAAAUAUUUAUCGGAGUUCCAUCCAGCAAAGGCUUUGGGGUUUAUUGCAAACAACGCUAAAGCCGACGACUCGAAUAAAGAACGGUGACUUAAGCGUUAAUUCAUGGAAAGGUGGAACUACUAAUGAAGAUUUCGAGUUUAUGUCAAUGGAAACGGAUGGCCUUGAUGAAUUUGAAAUUGGUCUAGUCGACGAUACAGACGGCGAUAAUCUUGGUUUUGACGAAUUCUUUGACGGUGGCGGUCAAUUGCAUAAAUUUAUGGCAUGUCAUCAAAUCGAGGAUCCUGACAGUGACUCCGGCAUGGUAACGGAACAUCAGCAACGGUGGCAGAGGAGAGAAGUCCUCCAUCUAGAAGCUUUUCACGCAGGAGAAGAAGCUCAGUCUGAAGAGCCUGGACAUCAAUCGGAUCCGAGCCUGUCGGAUUCGUUCCGAAGCCAACCCCAGUCAAGUCACAGAGAACUACUCGAUAUAUCAACUGACAAUCAAUAUUAUCCACACGAUUUUACGGAGUCCAUUAUCAAUAUCGAUGAUCUAUGCUCAUCUAACGAUUUACGUACCGUUGAGACUGUCUAUGGGGACUCGUAUGAGCUUCCAUAUAACUCAGAAAAUAUAUCCAGGGACGACGGCUAUUAUACCACAUGGUCAGACAAGGCAAUAAUAGAUGGGAAUAAUUAUCUGGACGAAGAAAUGGAUUAUCAGGCUCCACAAAUGUAUGAAUAUUGA